UCAGGUUGAUAAAGGUGAGUAAAUCAAGAACUAACUAAAGAUCUAUAAAGAUGGCCAGUGACCCACAGCUGGCAGAUAGAACAGGUACUCAGGUUGAUAAAGAUGCACUGAUGAGGACGUUCAAAAAAUUCCACUUUAAAGUUGAAGUUUUGGAAAAUCUGACCAGUACAGAUGUUGAGAAAGAAGUAACAAAGAUGGCCAUGAUGGAUCAUUCUUCUUAUGAUAUAUUCAUUUUGUGUAUUCUGUCUCAUGGAGAAAAUGGUUACAUAUACGGGGUAGACAAGGUGAAAGUUUCUAUUAAGAAACUGGUUGACAAUUUUGGUAGAAGUGGGGUAUCACCAACACUUGCAGGAAAACCUAAACUUUUCUUUUUUCAAGCGUGUCAAGGAAACAUUUACCAAAGAGGUUAUUUCACUGAUCAUCCAGCUGAAGCAAUACAGGAGCUAAAUAUAUCUACGGACAGUCUAGCUCAAAACUUGUACAACUUACCAGAACAUAGUGAUAUACUUUGUGCCUUUGCAACAGUCCCAGACUACGUAUCAUUCCGUUCAACAUCAAAUGGGAGUUUCUUUAUUCAGUGCCUGGUUACUCAGCUGGAAAAGUAUGGAGCUGAGGAGGACAUGUUAUCCAUCUUAACUCUAACUAAUAAUUCCGUUGCCGAUCUUAAUGCACCAAUGGCCGAUAAUGUGUACAAACAAAUGUCGGUAUGGACUAGUACCUUACGUCGCAAAGUAAAAUUUCUUAAAGAUGAAAGUUAAAAGUAUCGGAACAUAUUUCUUUACUUUUUAGUGGUAACCGUUACGGAAGUUGGAGAUAUAUACAUACACACACACACACACUAUAUUAUUGUUCAUUACUAAUACAUUAAUCGUUGCAAUCAAGAGUUUGGUUCAAAUCUCUGGUCUGUCACUUACGGGAGAAUACUGCCCAUAGUUUUGACAUUGAUUACCGCAUGUGCUAAUGAGUACUGUUUGAUCAUGAACUGUGUGUGUCAGAUAUGCAAGUUUUACUUUUUAUUCUGCUACAACAGUACCAAAACAAGUUUGUUGAAAUAUUGACCAAUCAUGGUUUGAUCUGCAACUGAAAUAUUCAUGAAUUAAAAGAAUUUGGUGUAUAAGUUUGUGUUGU